AUGGUUAAGAAAAACUUUAUCCCGUCUGUAUCGCUGGUCAGAAGAGACCUUCCUACUUUAGUUACUACUACAACUAGUUCAACCGCCCUGUCAAAGCCCACGUCAAGUGUAGUGUCCGAAACGAGUUCCAAGUCCCUUCCAUCGUUAACAUCUUCGGCUUUCUCAACUUCCAGUGGAGCAACAUCCUCCUCAUCACUAAUUGUCGCAAGUAUAACACCCCCAUCUACAGCAGGAAACCCAUUUAUUUUAAAUGCUGCUGAUAAACCAAAUGGAACUGUAUACAUUGCUGUGGGUGCUGUCAUAGGUGCCAUUUUUAUCAGUAUUCUUAUAUGGUGGUUAGUGUCCAGUUAUUUGUCUCGUCGUUUCACAAUGACAAAUUCUUAUGCAAAUGAUAGUAAAAAUUUGUACAGGGGACACCACAAGCAUAGUUCUUCUUUACAAAGCAAUCCCUUUGACAUCAAUGAUGAGAAAUCAUAUAUGCAGGAUGAUUGGGAUUCUAUGAGCCAAUUAGAAUCUAGCCAAUACGAGGAUGCUGCCUCACCAUUCAACCCAAUUCAGGAUCCGUUCACAGACAACAGAAGAUCCUUAUUUAUAUCUCCUACUUUACAAGUGUCACAAUAUGAAAAAAGUCAUAGCCGCCAUCAAUCAAAAGACACUAACAUUUUUAUUGACGAUCCAUUUUUAUACGUAGGUACCUAUCUAGAAGAAGAAGAAGAAGAAGAAGAAGAGAGAAAGCUGAACCUCAAUAGACCACAAAGAGCAGCGUCACCUGAAAGAAAGGAAAAGAAAAUUAACUCAAUGGAAGGCUACCAUAAGAGAAACCAAUCCUCCUUGGGCCUCAUACCAGUCGCUUCUGCUACCUCAAAUACUAGCUCUCCUAAAAAGGCUCAUAAAAGACAGGCGCCAUCGAUGUUUUUGGAUGAUGUCCUGAAUGGUAGAGAAAUAAUCUAG